UGGCUGCCCGCCACGGGCCGGAGCAAGCGCGACGCCAACAGCAGCCCGCAGUUCCCGGCGCCCACCUACCAGGCGUGGGUGGCCGAGAACCGGCCGGCCGGCACCCCCGUCAUCUCGCUGCAGGCCGCCGACCCGGACGAGGGGGACGCGGGGCGGCUGGCCUACUCGCUGGACGCGCUCUUCGACAGCCGCUCCGGCGCCUUCUUCGCCAUCGACCCCCGGAGCGGGCUGGUGAGCACGGCGGAGGAGCUGGACCGGGAGACCAAGAGCACCCACGUCUUCCGGGUGACGGCUGUGGACCACGGCACGCCGCGGCGCACGGCGCUGGCCACCCUCACGGUCACGGUGAGCGACGCCAACGAUCACGACCCCGUCUUUGAGCAGCGGGAGUACAAGGAGAGCGUGCGGGAGAACCUGGAGAUCGGCUACGAGGUGCUGACGGUGCGGGCCACCGACGGCGACGCCAGCGCCAACGCCAACAUCCUCUACCGCCUCCUCAACGGGGACGGGGCCAACGAGGCCUUCGAGAUCGACCCCCGCUCCGGCGUCAUCCGCACCAAGGGGCUGGUGGACAGGGAGGCCGUGGAGUCCUACCAGCUGGUGGUGGAGGCCAACGACCAAGGGAAGGAGCCGGGGCCCCGCAGCACCACCGCCACCAUCCACAUCGCGGUGGAGGACGACAAUGACAACUCGCCGCAGUUCAGCGAGAAGCGCUACGUGGUGCAGGUGCCUGAGGACGUGGUCCCCAACUCCCACAUCCUGCAGGUCACCGCGACGGACCGGGACAAAAGCAACAACGCCCUGGUGCACUACAGCAUCAUGAGCGGGAACACCCGGGGCCAUUUCUACAUCGACGCCCAGACGGGGAACAUCGACGUGGUCAGCCAGCUGGACUACGAGAUGAGCAAGGAGUACACGCUCCGCAUCAGAGCUCAGGAUGGGGGCAGGCCGCCCCUCUCGAACAUCAGUGGGUUGGUAACUGUCCAGGUCCUAGACGUCAAUGACAACGCUCCCAUCUUUGUCAGCACCCCGUUCCAGUCCACGGUGCUGGAGAACGUGCCUGUUGGCUACUCGGUCAUUCACAUCCAAGCCAUUGACGCUGACUCUGGGGAGAAUUCCCGGCUGGAGUACACCCUUGUGGAGACCAGUCUCGAUUUCCCCUUUGCCAUCAAUAACAACACGGGCUGGAUUGUGGUGGCCUUGGAGCUGGACCGUGAGAUGGUGGAUUUCUACAACUUUGGGGUGGAGGCCAGGGACCACGGCAGCCCAUCCAUGACUUCCUCAGCCAGCGUCAGCAUCACUGUCCUAGACGUCAACGAUAACAAUCCUGAGUUUACUCAGAAGGAGUACACCAUGCGCCUGAACGAGGACGCUGCUGUGGGUACUAGUGUCCUGACUGUCUCUGCCAUUGACCGGGAUGUUAACAGUGUCAUCACCUACCAGAUCUCGAAUGGCAACACUCGCAACCGCUUUUCCAUCACCAGCCAGAGUGGAGGGGGCCUUAUCACACUGGCUCUGCCCCUGGAUUACAAACUGGAGCGUCAGUACCUCCUGACCAUCACCGCCUCUGAUGGCACCCGCGUGGACACAGCCCACGUCUUCAUCAAUGUGACUGAUGCCAACACCCACCGGCCAGUCUUCCAGAGCUCCCACUACACCGUCAACAUUAACGAGGACCGACCUGUGGGCACCACAGUGGUGAUCAUAAGUGCCACAGAUGAGGACACGGGGGAAAAUGCCCGGAUCACCUACUUCAUGGAGGACAGCAUCCCUCAGUUCAAGAUAGAUUUGGAUACUGGCGCAGUCACAACUCAGAUGGAGCUGGAUUAUGAGGAUCAGGUGUCCUACACCCUAGCUAUCACAGCCAGGGACAACGGCAUUCCUCAAAAAUCUGAUACCACCUACCUGGAGAUCCUGGUCAAUGAUGUGAAUGACAAUGCACCUCAGUUCCUGCGGGAUAAUUAUCAGGGCUCUGUGUAUGAAGACGUCCCAGCCUUCACUAGUGUCCUACAGGUCUCUGCCACCGACCGGGACUCGGGGCUCAAUGGGAGGGUCUUCUAUACCUUCCAGGGGGGAGACGACGGAGAUGGAGAUUUCAUCAUCGAAUCCACCUCGGGCAUCGUCCGGACCCUGCGGAGGCUGGACAGAGAGAAUGUCCCGCUCUAUGUGCUCAAGGCUUACGCUGUGGAUAAGGGCCUCCCACCUAUGAGGACUCCCAUUGACAUCCAGAUCACCAUCUUGGAUGUGAACGACAAUCCCCCUGUGUUUGAGCGGGAUGAGUUUGACAUCUUUGUGGAGGAGAACAGUCCCAUCGGGCUGGUGGUGGCCCGAAUCACAGCUAGUGACCCGGACGAGGGCACGAAUGCCCAGAUAAUGUACCAGAUUGUUGAAGGCAACAUCCCAGAGGUCUUCCAGCUUGAUAUCUUCUCUGGGGAACUGACGGCACUGAUGGAUUUAGAUUACGAGGCCAAGUCGGAAUAUGUCAUUGUGGUCCAGGCCACCUCGGCCCCUCUGGUGAGCCGGGCCACCGUGCACAUCCGCCUGCUGGAUAAAAAUGACAACAGCCCAGUUCUGAAGAACUUUGAAAUCAUCUUCAACAACUACAUCAACAACAAGUCCAGCAGCUUCCCAAGCGGUGUCAUUGGCCGGAUCCCAGCGUAUGACCCUGACGUCUCUGAUAGGCUUACUUACAGUUUUGAGCAAGGCAAUGAGCUGAACUUGGUCCUGUUGAACCAUAGCACUGGGGAGCUGAGGCUGAGCAGGGCCCUGGAUAACAACAGGCCCCUGGAGGCCAUCAUGCGGGUGUCCGUGUCAGAUGGGAUCCACAGUGUGGCAGCCCAGUGUACCCUGCAGGUGACCAUCAUCACUGAUGAAAUGUUGACCAACAGCAUCACUCUGCGACUGGAGAAUAUGUCCCAGGAGCGCUUCCUGUCUCCCCUCCUGGCGCUCUUCCUGGAGGGGGUGGCAGCUGUGCUCUCGGCCCCCCGCCAGCACGUGGUGCUCUUCAACAUCCAGAAUGAUACGGAUGUACGAGCUGCCCGCAUCCUCAACGUCAGCCUCUCGGUGCUGCUGCCCAGUGGGGCCCGUGGGGGACGCUUCUUUCCCUCUGAGGACCUCCAGGAGAGGCUGUACCUGAACCGCACGCUGCUGGCAGCCAUCUCGGAGCAGCGGGUGCUGCCCUUUGAUGACAACAUCUGUCUGCGAGAGCCCUGCGAGAACUACAUGCGCUGCGUGUCUGUGCUGAAGUUUGACAGCUCAGCACCCUUCAUUGCCUCUGACACUAUCCUCUUCCGGCCUAUCCACCCUGUUAACGGCCUGCGCUGCCGCUGCCCCGCUGGCUUCACUGGUGACUACUGUGAGACUGAGAUUGACCUGUGCUACUCCAGCCCCUGCGGAAGCAAUGGGCGCUGCCGCAGUCGCGAGGGCGGCUACACCUGUGAGUGCCACGAGGACUUCACUGGAGAGUACUGCGAGGUGAACGCCCGCCUGGGCCGUUGUACGCCGGGCGUUUGCAAGAACGGCGGCACCUGUGUUAACCUGCUGGUGGGCGGCUUCAAAUGCGACUGCCCAUCGGGGGACUACGAGAAGCCCUACUGCGAGAUGACCACACGCAGCUUUCCACCCCAGUCCUUCAUCACCUUCAAAGGGCUGCGCCAGCGCUUCCAUUUCACCAUUGCUCUCACGUUCGCCACAAAGGAGCAGAACGGUCUGCUCCUCUACAAUGGGCGUUUCAAUGAGAAGCACGAUUUUGUGGCCCUGGAGAUUGUCCAUGAGCAGAUCCAGCUCACCUUCUCAGCAGGGGAAUCGACCACUGCGGUGUCCCCAUUCAUCCCAGGAGGUGUGAGCGAUGGGCAGUGGCACACAGUCCAGCUGCAGUACUACAACAAGCCCAUCAUUGGGAAAUCAGGGGUGCCCCAGGGUCCCUCGGAGCAGAAGGUUGCUGUGGUGACUGUGGACGACUGUGACACUUCUGUGGCUCUGAAGUUUGGCUCGGUCCUCGGCAACUAUUCAUGCUCGGCCCAGGGAACUCAGUCGGGCACCAAGAAGUCCCUGGACCUGACAGGCCCCCUGCUCCUGGGCGGCAUCCCCAACCUGCCCGAGAGCUUCCCUGUGCGCAACCGGCAGUUCGUGGGCUGCAUGCGGAACCUGCUGAUUGACAACCAGGAGGUGGACAUGGCUGAUUUCAUUGCUAACAACGGCACUGCGCCAGGCUGCUCUGCCAAGAAGAAUGUCUGUGACAGCAACACCUGCCACAACGGUGGCACCUGCGUCAACCAGUGGGACUCGUUCAGCUGUGAGUGCCCCCUGGGCUUUGGAGGCAAGACCUGCAAGCAAGAGAUGGCAAGUCCCCAGCGCUUCCUAGGAAACAGCCUAGUGGCUUGGAGCAACCUGGCCAUCACCAUCACACUGCCCUGGCAUAUUGGGCUCAUGUUCCGCACCCGCCAGGCCAGUGGCAUCCUCCUGAGAGCCAUCGCUGGACAACUGUCCACCAUCGCCCUGCAGCUGAAUGAAGGCAACCUGUUGAUGAGCUUCCACCGGGCCAGUAGCCGUGUCUCGAUGCUGCGGCUGCACCAGGUGAAGGUGAAUGACGGUGACUGGCACCAUUUGCAGCUGGAGCUACGGAGCAGCAAGGACAGUCAGGAGUCCAGGUGUCUGGCUGUCAUGGCCUUGGACUAUGGCCUCCACCAGGUGGUGGAGGACAUCAGCUGUGAGCUGCAUGGGCUGAAGCUGCGUAACCUGAGCGUGGGUGGUGUAGCAGGCGAGUUGGGCGAGGUGCAUCAGGGCUUCCGUGGCUGCAUGCAGGGUGUGCGGAUCGGGGAGACAUCGGCUAGUGCUGUGGCCCUGAAUGUGAACCAGGCUGAGAGGGUGAACAUGGAGCGUGGCUGCAGCAUCCCGGACCCGUGCGACUCAAACCCCUGCCCAGACAACAGCUACUGCAGUGAUGACUGGGACAGCUACUCCUGCAGCUGCGACCCAGGUUACUAUGGAGAUAACUGUGUGAACGUAUGCUCCCUCAAUCCCUGUGAGCACCAGUCUGUGUGCACCCGCAAGCCCAGCUCCUCACAUGGCUACACGUGCGAGUGCCCCCACAACUAUUUCGGGCCCUACUGUGAAAACAAGAUUGACCAGCCAUGCCCACGGGGAUGGUGGGGGCACCCCAUGUGUGGCCCCUGCAACUGUGACAUCAGCAAAGGCUUUGAUUCGGACUGUAACAAAACUACUGGGGAGUGUCGCUGCAAGGAAAAUCACUACCGCCCACUGGACAGCAACUCCUGCCUGCUGUGUGAUUGCUACCCCACAGGCUCAUUGUCACGUCUUUGUGACAUGGAAACGGGCCAGUGCCAGUGCAAGCCGGGUGUCAUCGGGCGCCGCUGUGACCACUGCGAUAACCCCUUUGCUGAGGUUACCACCAACGGCUGUGAAGUGAACUAUGACAGCUGCCCUCGUGCCAUAGAAGCCAACAUCUGGUGGCCCCGUACCCGCUUUGGCCUUCCAGCUGCAGCACCUUGCCCCAAAGGAUCUUUUGGGACAGCUGUGCGGCACUGUGAUGAGCACAAAGGCUGGCUGGCUCCCAACCUCUUCAACUGCACCUCGCUGACCUUUGCCGAGCUCAAGAGCUUUGCAGAGCGGCUGCUGAGGAAUGAGUCAUUCCUGGACACAGGGCAGUCUCAGCAGGUGGCCUUGCAGCUGCACAAUGCCACCCAGCACACAGACGGCUACUUUGGCAGUGACAUCAAGGUGGCCUACCAGCUCUCUGCUCGGCUCCUGGAGCACGAAAGUACUCAGCAGGGCUUUGGCCUGGCUGCCACACAGGAUGUCCACUUCACGGAGAACCUGCUGCAGGUGGGCAGCGCCCUGCUGGACAUCAGCAACAAGCGGCACUGGGACCUGAUCCAGCAGACAGAGGGUGGCACUGCUUGGCUGCUGAAACACUACGAAGACUACGCCAGCGCCCUGGCACAGAACAUGCGCAAGACAUACCUGAGCCCCUUCACCAUUAUCACACCUAACAUCGUCAUCUCUGUGGUGCGGCUGGACAAGAUGAACUUUGCUGGUGCCAAGCUCCCUCACUAUGAGGCGCUCCGGGGCGAGAAACCUGCAGACCUGGAGACCACUGUCAUCCUACCUGAAACUGUCUUCAGGGCCCCCGAAGGCAAAUACACCCCGACAGCCAAUGUCAAGCAUUUCUCUAACUCUGGGGAGGAGCAGGACAGAGAGGAACGUAAAGAGGAGGAGCUGGGCCUGUUUACCCGACACAAGAGACAUCCAGAUCUGGGUGAAGGCCAGGCUGUGGCCAGCGUCAUCAUCUACCGCACCCUGGCAGGGCUCCUGCCAGAGCAGUAUGAUACGGACAAGCGAAGCCUGAGGGUCCCCAAACGGCCGAUCAUCAACACCCCUGUGGUGAGUAUCAGUGUCCAUGACAAUGAUGAGCCAGUGCAGCGGGCACUGGAGAAACCCAUCACAGUGCAGUUCCGGCUGCUAGAGACAGAGGAGCGCACCAAGCCCAUAUGUGUCUUCUGGAAUCACUCCAUCCUAGUGAGCGGGACAGGCGGCUGGUCAGCCAAGGGCUGUGAGGUGGUCUUCAGGAACGAGACCCAUGUCAGCUGCCAGUGCAACCACAUGACCAGUUUUGCUGUGCUGAUGGACAUCUCCAGGAGAGAGAAUGGGGAGAUCCUGCCGUUGAAGACCAUCACCUAUGCCUCCAUCGCUGUCACUCUGGGAGGCCUCUUCCUCACCUUCGUGGUUUUGGCCAGCCUGAGGGCCCUGCGCUCCAACCAGCACAGCAUCCGCAAGAACAUGAUGGUGGCCCUCUUCCUUUCUGAGCUCCUCUUUCUCCUGGGCAUCAACCAGGCCGACAUCCCCUUUGCCUGUACAGUCAUCGCCAUCCUGCUGCACUUCUUCUACAUGUGUGCCUUUGCCUGGGUGCUGCUGGAGGCCCUGCACAUCUAUCGCAUGCUGACUGAGGUGCGCGACAUCAACUACGGCCCCAUGCGCUUCUACUACAUGAUUGGUUGGGGUGUGCCGGCCUUCAUCACGGGGCUGGCAGUGGGGCUGGAUCCUGAGGGUUAUGGGAACCCUGACUUCUGCUGGCUGUCCAUCUAUGACACGCUGAUUUGGAGCUUUGCAGGGCCCAUUGCCUUUGCUGUCUCGAUGAGCAUCUUUCUCCUUAUCCUGGCAACUAAGGCCACCUGUGCAGCACAGCAACAGGGAUUUGAGAAGAAGGGCACAGUCUCGGGCCUGCAAACGGCCUUUAUCAUGCUGCUACUGAUCAGCUCCACCUGGCUGCUGGCCCUGCUCUCCGUGAACAGUGACUCCAUCCUCUUCCAUUACCUUUUUGCUGGGUUCAACUGCCUCCAGGGGCCCUUAAUCUUCCUCUUCUGCAUCGUCUUCAGCAAAGAGGUGAGGAAGGCUCUGAAGUUCAGUUGCAGCAGGAAGCACAGCAUGGACCCCAUGCUCACCACCAAAUCCACCUUAACAGCAGCCUACAACUGCAACAACACGUACAUGGACGGGCGGCUGUACCACCCACCAUUUGGAGACUCCACAGGCUCCCUGCACAGCACCAUUCGCUCAGGCAAGAGCCAGCACAGCUACAUCCCCUUUGUGCUCAGAGAGGAGUCUGGUUUGAACAACAGCCAGGUGCACACAGGGCUGACGGACCCCAGUGCCCUCUUCCUGGAAGCCAAGGAUCAGCCCAAUGAGCAUGACACGGAUUCAGACAGUGACCUGUCCCUGGAAGAUGACCAGAGUGGCUCCUAUGCCUCCACCCAUUCCUCAGACAGCGAAGAGGAUGAGGAAUUCACUGGGGAACCCUGCUGGGAAAACCUGCUCUGCCCCAACAAUGAGAAGCAGCCAGCACACAGCACCCCCAAAGCAGAUGUGUUGGCUCAUAGCAAGCCCUACUGGCCAGGGGAGUUUCUGACGACAGCCAGCGAGAGCGAUGGGCAUGGGGGCUUGGAGAAGCUGCGAGUGGAGACGGCCGAGGUGUCACUGGGGCACUUGGAUGACCUCCCCAGGGUGAACGGGGAGGCACUGUACAAGGAGAAUGUGUUGAUGUCGCUCCCCAACCCUGCUGCCCAGCCCCAGAAAGGCAUCCUGAAGAAGAAGUGCCUGCCAACCAUCAACGAGAAGAACAGCAUCCACCGCAUCCACAACGAGCUCUCAGCCCACAAGUCGGGGACCGUGUUGUCCCACGGCUCCUCAGGCAGCGAUGGGAGCCGGGUGGGGGGGUGUCCUCGGCCCCGCCAGACCCUGCAGGACCAGCUCAAUGGGGUGACACCCAUUGCCAUGAGCAUCAAGGCUGGCACCGUGGACGAGGACUCCUCAGGCUCUGAGAGUGACGAGACCUCCAUUUGAUGGAGCCACCCUGCUCUGCUUAGGCUGCGAGCCAGGACAGCGCCCCCUCCUGCCAGAUGCCCUUUCAAACUGCAGCGAAGAACUUAGCGACCCAAGGGUGCCUCUGUCCAACCUUGUUUUCAGUGCCAAAUGAGCCCCAUCCUGUGUCCUUGUGCCAGGUGGGGCUGGCGGGGGUGGGGGAGGGCAGGGGCGGGAAGACAGAUGUACUUGAACAGAUGCACUUUGGAUCAUGGCUCACACGUCACUGGUUUGCCUCUGAGCGAGGGGGCAGCCUCAUCCACCCUCCCCGUCUUCAGGGAUUACUGCUCUCUGGCCUGCCACAGCUGGAGCUGCCACAUGGACAGACAGGUUGUUUCUUACCUAGUAUAGCCAAUACAAGGAGGCCUGGGUGCCACAUGAGAAGUGUUGCGCGGGGACACCCACGCCUCUGCUGAUGGAGCCUUCGUGACGGGAUGUAGCUGCCCUAAAGGGCAAUAGGAACCAUGGCUGGUGUCCAGGCCUUGCUCCAGCAAGCCCUGCCAUACUCAUUGCCCCUAGUGCCUGGCCUUCCACCUCCCCUGCUGGUGGCUACUCUCCCCAUCCUUUCCUCUCCUCUUCACCCAUGGGGUCUGUCCUGCACCUUGAAAAGGAACUAUAUCAAUGCACUCAGGCCACACACUCUCUCCCCCUUCUCUGUGUGCCAGGGGCCCAUCCUGACUCGGGGUCCUUAAACUAAAGGUCCAUGUUUCUGGAUGGGCCUCCCACGUGUGCACACAGCAUGGCACUUUGGGCAAGCAUAGGCUUGGAAAAGACACCAGAGAGUAUAUCAUGUGGGAGGGCCAGCUGCCCUGUCCCACUUCCUCCUCAGACACCCAUGGAUAGUCCCAUGCCCCACAGAGAAACCCGUGGAGUCAGGCUAAGACUACACCACCCAACUCCUGAUGACAUAUGGUGGUUUCUCCCACUGGCUGAAUGUGGUGCCUUCCACCCCUGCCCUAGAAGAAAGGUUCAUGUUUCUUGGUUUCCAACUUGGACAGAGGUUGCUGGUGAUGGCUACAUCUAUAAGCAGUUGAGGAGGCCUCUACCUUGCCUGUGCCGAAUUCCCAGCAUGCUGACUCUUGGCUACAGACAGAGAUGCCAACCUUGCUUUAUGCUGCAGUUUUCUAUCCCAGCCAGACGAGACUCUAGCAUGGAGGACUUGUCCCAGUAACUUGGAUUUUGACAAGGGGCUCUUCAUCUUGGGAUCCUGGCCACAAGCUACGUAGAACCUGGCUGUCCAAGUUCCCCCCCAGUGUUGGCUGCCCUCAACAGGACUGAGGGAUGGAUGCUCAGCAUCUCAGACAGGACCUAUGAGUGGACUGGAAAUGGGUUGUGCUUUAAAAGUCUUGGCCAUCCCAUGCCAGGAGUCUGAUUCAACCUCCACUGAAAGGAGCCUUUCAUUCUGAUGCUGGAUCCAGGCAAUAUGGUGAACUCGGCCCAUACAAAAGGGCAAGACAGAUCUUGGACCACCAUCCUGUGGUGCCUCAGGUGAGCCCUCAGUGUGGGAAGUGUGACCCUGCAGCCUGGCAGCCAGAAAGAUUGCCCCUGGCAGGGGUGUGAGACACAUGAGUGCUCUAACCAUUAUAGACAGCAUGUCCGAGACCACAGUUGAAUCACAGCUCUUUCCAGAGCCAGAACAAAGCCACAGCAUGGUUUCAGCACACAGCUCUUGGCACGAGCAGUCUAUUCUCCAUCACGUGCUGUCAUCCUGUGCACAACCCCCCAGCGGGGAGCUGGGGCCCCCAACAAGCUUGGAUCUGGGGUAGCAAAACCACUGCAGUAAAAUCACAGCAGAGUCAGGAAGACGGGGAGAGACUGCUUUCCUUACUGAAGGGAGCCCCACCUCGGUCAGCCCUGCCAGAGGCGGGGAAAAAAUGGCCAAGAUGGACAUGGCCUUCUGAGGCCAGGAUCAGGCUUCCCUGCUUUGGAGCUUGGGACCUGAACAGCACGUGUCAAUCUGUGCUGCCCUGAAAGCCAACCUGUGCGAUCUGACAUCAGCUGAGGAUGUGGCACCUAAUUCUAGCCCCAUGGCAAGGGGCUAUUAAGGGGUAAAUGAGGACAGGUGCCAAAGGUGAGAGAAGGUGCAGAAGUCAACGGCUGGACUUUGCUUGCCUUUAGCUUUCGGAUCAGGUCAUGCAAGAAAGGAUGCGCUGGCAGGGUUGGUAUCGCAGUGGCAGCUUUGACCUCUUCCCCAUGUGGCUGUGCUGAUGUGGGUCUCCUUCGCGGGGCCACUGGCAGGCUCUGUGGCAAGCCGCCUGCUGCCUCUCCUGCCCAUGCUGCAAUUAUUUUGUACAAAAUUAAAAAAAACAAAAAACAUAAAAAAGAAAAAAAAAAAAAAAAACCAAAACAGUGGAGCGAGUGACUGGGUCCCAUGCCACCGGGUGCCGGAGUGGCGCCUGCCUUCUGCCUCAGAGCCUUUGUUUUUCUACACCCUGCUAGGCUGGGUCCAGCUUCCACUUGCUCCUCACCGGGAUGGUAUGGCCUAUACUUUUGGAAAAUGGUUUGUUAUAUAGACCCGUGUGCACAUAUGGACAUCCAGGGACGGAUGUAUUUCGACCAAGGAGGCAGUGAUGGGGUAGACAAGCCCUUAUUUACUCUGGGGUGUUUUUGAAUUUGAUGCCUCUUACAGGCUCUUUUUUUUUUUUU